GACUAAACAUCUGUGAGUCAGACGAGGUGAAGACUCCGUGCAGGUUUGGACAGGUGACGGGAGCCCAGGUGUGCCGUCCCUGUCACGUGACUGAUGCUUACGGGAAAGUGAAACUCACGGGUCAGCCCGCGCAGACUGAGGAUCCUCGCGCCUGAACGCUCGAGACACACGACAUGGCAGAGAGAGAGAACAACUGGAGGGAGGCGCUGACCUCCAUCAUAGAGGAGCUGACCGACAGUCAGUACAAGAAGAUGCUGGCCUUUCUGAAUGACAUCCCCCAGGGUCAGAGGGGCAAGGACAAAGAGGAAAUGGCCCAAAUCAUCAUAGAGAGGCUGGGUGUAGAGCGCUCUAUCACUGAGAUUCAGCGAGUCCUGGAAAAACUCCCCAGGAGAGACGCCAAAGUCCAGGAGCUGCUGCGUCCCUUUGUGGAGAAACCGAGGGACAACCAGCAACAAGAGGAGAAUGAAGUUACAGCUGCAGCUCCUCGGCCCCGGGACGAUCAGACUCCACCUCCAUCGGCGGACGAGAAGCUGCGUGCCGCUCGGACCGCCUUCAUCAACCGAGCAUCGGGACCGGCUCUGGACGCUCUGCUGAAUGAACUCCUGCACCUGAAGGUUAUAAACAACAUGGAAAUGGAGACGAUCAGAGAGCAGCCCAGGCCAGCAAGAGCCCAACAGCUGAUUGACAUGGUGAUGAAUAAAGGAGCGGCUGCCAGUUCUCACAUGAUAACCAUCUUCUGUGAGCUGGACCCGUUUCUGUCCAGAGAGCUGAAGCUCUGUUGAGGCAGGAAUGAGAAACGCUGCACACAGCUCCUGUUUUGGCUCUGCCGACACGACCCCGGUGUCCACACUCAGCCGAGCUUUCUACAAGUCUCAAGUCACAUUUUUAAAGAAUUAAAACCGCCUAUGCUUCUUUAAGACGGCGCAUUGAGGCCACUGAAGGGAGAAAAAACACAUACAAAGCUGGGGGCGGGGGGUUUCGAGAUUAAAGUCACAGAUUUACAAGAGAAAAACUGGGAUAUUCUAUGAAAGCUGUAAAUUUCUGGGAAAAAAUCUCACAAAUUUAGGAGAAACAACUUGAAAAUUCUGAGAUUAUAGAGGCACAAAUUUGUGAGGAAAAAAAUACAAAUUUACAAGAAAAAAACUGAAAAAAUAGUUUUUCUUUUACUAUUGGAAGUAGUAACUUGUUCUUAAAUCAUGUCAAAGUGAAUUUGAUGAGGUGCUGCAGGCCUGAGACACGGCCCGCAGCAAGAAAGUGGCUCCUGGACCAAAAAAAGAAAAAGGCUUUAUAAUGUUUUUCCCCACAAAUGCGCCCUUGACAUUUUAUAACAUUUUUAAGUAGGUAUAUAUUUCCUUGAGAUUUCUUCAAUAUAUUUUUCUCAUUAUUUUUUCUACUUUUUCAAGAAGUAAGGGGUAUGCACCUUUUAGGGAGUACAUUAUAAUAGAGGUGUGUACUUUGAAGCUCCUGCUCUGUGCUUUUUAUUCAUCUGAGUAUGAAAUGGGGCAUCAUUUUCCUCUCUUGUCCAAAACGUUUUGCUCAGACAUGCAUGGAUGCAUUUCUUUUAAACAUUCCUGUGUUUCUGUGACAUCGUGUUCACGUCAACUCCACCUGGAAAUGGAAAGGCAUUUUAAACUCCUGAUUUUAAUUGGUGUUCGUAUAACAUUUUAAUUGGUUAUAAUGUCAAUAAAAAGGGGUGAAAAAACA